UUUUGGAAAUUAGUUUCAAAGCUCUCCUGCAGUCGAGCGAAGAACACGGAGACAUAUUUUUCUACCUGUCAAACAUUUCGUUUGUUAAUACAUCGCCGAGCGUAACUGAAAACGCAAAGGAAAACGUAAAACAAACACGAAAAUGCUUCGCGGAUACGAAGGUGUGAGAUAUAUCACGGAUAAACAAAUGGUAGUGUUCGACAUUGGUGGUGCGUACACCAAGUUCGGCUAUGCGGGAGAGACGUCUCCACGCGGUAUUAUACGAACGGAGGUGAGAUGUCCGGAAUCCAAAAAGAUACGCAGAAUUAUCGAUCACAUCGACGUUGAGGACUUGUAUCAGCUUCUCGUGGAAUUUCUUCAUCUAUUGUUCUUCAAAUAUGUUGUGGUAAGUCCGAAAGAUGCAAGAAUACUAAUAUUGGAGUCACCAUUGGCAGCAACAAGAUUCAGAGACACUCUGGCUAAAGUGAUGUUCAGACACUUUGAGGUUGGUUCUAUAUUAUUCUUACCGAGUCAUCUGGCAACUAUCAGCACUCUUGGUAUCGAUACAGCUUUGGUAUUGGAUGUUGGGUACCAAGAAGCUACUUUAAUCCCGAUCUUCGAGGGAAUACCGAUACUUAAGGCUUGGCAGGCAUUGCCUUUGGGUGGACAAGUUGUGCACGACAACAUAAAGAAGUACUUUAACGACGUAUCGACUGAUCUGGAUUUCCCUGAAAAAGUACUGGAAGAUAUUAAGGUACGAACAUGUUUUGUAACUACACUUGAGAGGUCUACGAAACUAGGAACGAAAGAUGCCCCUGCUCCACCCCCCACUGUCAAGUAUCCUGGCGUUAAAAGUAUCUCGGUGCCUGGGGAAAUCAGAGAGAAAGCGUUCGAAAUACUAUGGGAGAGGGACAAUGAUAAUCUCUCCUUACCAACCAUGAUACUCGAUGCCAUCGUCAAGUGCUCUUUGGACACGAGAUGCGCCUUGGCAGAAAAUAUCGUACUCGUCGGUGGGACGACAAUGGCGAAAGGUUUCGCGAGUCGCCUGAAGUCGGAGUUGCUGACGUUAGUCAAGAGCGAUCUGUACAAAAACAAGUUGAAAGUGGAAUCGUUCAAAUUCCACAAAGCGCCCAGCAAACCGAACUACACCGCAUGGUUAGGCGGUGCUAUAUUCGGCACGACGGAUUUGCCGUUGCGAUGCCUAACGAAGGAGAUGUAUCUGAAAACGAACAGAGUGCCCGAUUGGUCGAAUCUCGUGGACAACCAGAAGGACGAGACAUCGUACGAAGUGUGAGACCGCCUCACGAGACAACCCCGAGAUUUUGUAAUCUAAUUUGUAUAGAAAGCGAAGAUAAAUGAUUUUAUUUAUUAUCUCUCAA